AACUUUUUCUUCUUUCCUUUCCAGAAGAUGUUUUCUAAGCCAUGGCCUUUUGCAGCCGAUAAUUGAUCCUAAAAGACAUCCAGGUGUAACUCUAUCGGAUUUCGCAACCCAUCACAUCCCAUCUACGAAGCAGCAGCAAAGCAAUGAAUGAUACAAACAAUCAGGCGCCCGAAGAAUCACAAAAUCCACCACAGAACAUUUCGUACGCCGCCAGUCGAGUUAACCACAACCAAAGCGCCGCCCUGGCUCACGUGCAGUCCAGCAACCUAAGUGCAGAAGAAGAACAGGAGCAAAUUGUCACGUCGACCUCGAGCGAUACGCAUACAAGCAUAGCCGGUCAUUUGCCGCACCUUGAGGCAUUGAUCACAUCGCCGGCGCGCAUCACCAGCUCCACCGGGAAUGAUUGCAGCUCUUCGCCGCAGCGUGUGUUGUCCACGACGUGCAGCAGCAGUAGCGGCAGACAAUCGACCCAGCAACGCGGCGACAUAACGACAACGGACGCCUCCAGUGAGGAUGAAUCACAAUCGCCACACCAAUCGACACAAUCAUCCUUCAGUGGCCGAAAAAUUUUAAAACCUAGCGGCGUGGACCGCGCUACCCACGGUCUAGAUUCGGUUAUGCCGACCACUUCUGCUGCAGCGGCGACACGUACAGCAGGCGUUAGGAGCGUAGAGGCGGAAUUAAGGGCUAGCAACAGCAACAAAAGUAGUAUUAGUAUCUUAAGCAACGGCGGUUUGGAGCACACGAACGGCCGCGACGACAACGCAGGUAGCGCAGAUAUGGUUGCGCGCGAGCAGACAGCAGUGACUGUAGCCUCAAGUGGUGAGGCUAUCGCUGGGCACGCAGUGUCAAUAGGUGCCGGAGGCGGACAAGGACAAGCGGUGCCAGCCGAGCAAACCACCGAAUCCCACAAGAUCAUCUUGAAGUUACCCAAGCCGAACGUGACGAGCGUUAAUGCGCGCUCCCUUGAAUCUCAGAGCAAUACAGAAUCGAUGUCCGGGGAGGAAGGCGCCGCAAGCCACAGCGGUACCGAGUCGAUCCGCAAAGUGGAGCCACUUAAAAUCAAUUUGCACACGCACAAUAGCCCGAACAUUGUUCCGAAAAUCACAAUUAAGCCCAUAAUGAAGAAGGCGAACGACGUCGCGUCCUCGGAUUGCUCUUCCUCUGCCGAAGAUGAUGCGGUCGCCGAGUCGCGCACCACACGCAGCGGCGCACAAAUACCGAAGCUGACCAUCAAGGCGUCGGCAGUAGUCGGUGGCAGUGACGAGCCACACAUUCUACCCAAAUUGACGAUAAGAUCGGCCAAUGACAGCUCGGAUAGUUCCAUUGUACCGAAGCUCACCAUCAAAAUGUCCGAUUCGCAAGCCGCUUCGCACAGUAGCAGCACACAAUCGGGUCCGUCCGCAUCGUCGGCGAGCAGCGCAGCAUCGACAAAAUCACACAGUGAACACUCGCCUCCCCCACUACCGAAACUCACCAUAAAAACGUCGUUGGAUGGCACCAGCGAGUCGAUCAUGUCCACGAUAUCGCCAGCCUCGUCCUCUUCGUCGUCAUCGAGCACAUCCUCGUCUGCAGGAGUACCGUCGAUGUCUUCCAUCUCGGCCACCGCCUCGUGUACGGUUUCAAAUGUCACCAACAACGCCUGUUCUGUGCCUAAACUGACGAUAAAAACGUUGCUGCCAAAGCACGAGGAGCUGGUGCCGAAGUUGACUAUAAAAACCAAUGCAACUGGCGCCUGUGUAAGCACGUCAACGACAGCAGCUGCAGCUGAGGAUCACGGCGAAGCCCAUGAUGGCGGCAACGUUGCUGGCAGCAGCAGCAAGAUACCCAAACUUACCAUCAAAACCGGGCAGGAGCACGCGGUCAUCAUAACGCAGCACAAUGACGACUCCAACGCACAGGUCAUACCAAAGUUGACGAUCAAAACUAAGUCGUUGGAUGCAGAGGAGUCGCUAAGCGACUUGAGUGAGGACCCAGCACCGCCACCCGAGAAGAUACCCAAGAUAACAAUUAAGACGCACGAAGUUGCCGCCGAGAUCACUUCGCCGAAGUUUUGCAUCAAAGCAUUGCAGCAGCCAACAGAGUCGGAGCACGCACACGUCAUCCCGAAACUGACUAUCUCCAUGGCUAAUCUGGAGGGGAGUGCAGCGCCACAGUCGCCCAAGCAAUCGCCGCUAGUGGUGCGGCAGUUGUCGAGCAGCACACGCAAAGAGUCGCCAGAAAGACUGCCCAAGCUGAUGAUCUCGCGCCAGGAUGCGAAGGGUAACAACUGCGACACGGCAGUGGAGAAAGUCGUUCCCAAGUUGACGAUCAAGACCAACUGUCAGGAUGGUGGCGGCAGCGAGUGCAUGGAGAAAAUACCCAAACUGACCAUCAAAUCGAUACCAAACGUAGGGCAGCAAUCCUCGGAGGAGAGUGAUGAGGGCUUGAGCGGCGAAUCGUCGCCACCUCUAUCGGCAGCGGAGGAGGCAGCUGCCAACAAAGUGGUGCCCAAGCUCACCAUAAAAAAUCUUUCGUCGCCAACGUUGAAAAUGAAAGCGGUUCUGGAGGACAAAACGCGCAAUGCUUCAAAAAAGUGUGGAAAAUCCAGCGACCCAAAAGGCGGCACCGACACAAGCGCCGCGUGCGGCGUGCCGCAAAGGACGCUGGAUCCACAGCAAACUGCUGAGUGUAGUGCACGCGAGCAUAUGGUGAACGGUUGCGAGUCGAGCAGCAGCCAAGAGUUCUGCGGCUUCAAUGACAGCGCGAUGUUUGCUGAGGAGGAGGACAUCGAGGAGCCGCGUCGCAACUCCGACGACAUGGACAUCGAUGAAGGGCUGCAGCAGCACGACCCACAAGUGUUCAACAACGUGUUCCACGUCAGCAACGGUGACUCGCUGCGCAAUGAAAACACUGAAGAUUCGCAACUGAUGCAACCACCGCUACCCGCAGACGAUCUGUCAAAUGUGGUGGACACCGUCGACCUAACAUCCUCCCCAUCGCCCGGCUCGUCGCCUGCGCACUUCACCUACACCGAUGCGGACCCCCAAAUAAGCGAUGCACAACAACCGCCGCAUCCCACCAUACUCAUGGAGCGGCUGCAGCGAGAAAUGAGCGUCAUACAGACAGCGCCGCCGAUGGAAAACACCAACAGUUUCCUGCUCAAUCAACUGAAUGCACCGCUAAAUGUAACAAAGUACGGCGUGCCACCGCCUCUGCAACCGAAGCCACUGCAGUCGCAGCAGCAACAUCAUCACCAGCAGCACGCGCUCCAACAGUCACAACCACAACAACAGCAACAAAGGCAGCAGCUGCAACAGCAAAUAAGCAAUAGCAUCAAAUAUCCGCAAUUGACGGAACGCCUGAUGGCCAACGGCGCGCGUAUUCGGCAAAACUCGACCAUAACGUGCUCCGGCAGUUUGGCCAUGGCAAUGAACAGCGGAUCCGCUAGCUACAAUAUGGCAAAUCAGCAGGCAGCUCAGCCGGAGAAGGUGAUCGAUUCCAUUGAGAUACUGGACACACCCGAGGGCAGUCCGCGUUUGACGUUGGACGAUACCGCUGCGUUGCCCAAAAAUCUGCACAUAAACAACGAAGAUGGUUUGAAUGAUGCCGCCAUUAGAAGAAACGCUGCCUAUGAAGAAAACAGCGCGGAUGUGUUGAGGCGCAACAACAAUGUUAUGGACGAUGCAACUGCGUCAGCGGAGAGAACAAAUCAAGCGAAUUUGAAAAGGCAAGCGGACGCCAUGUCGGCCCUGAUGAGGGAGAACGAUGUGGCAGAGCAGUGUAUCGAGAUUACACCAAACAAAGUACGCCGCAUUGACAGCGAAUCGCACACUAUGGCCACUUUGACCAUUCUGACAGACGAUGAGUCGUCUAACACCAAAUUGAUAACUACGUCACCCACCAUUUUUGGUGGCAAUCACCAUGUUGUGGAUAUAACUAACGACGUUGUGCAAUCGCAGAACGCACCCAUAACAAUGGACCUCUCUUCGCCAAAGGCCUCCAUACAUCGUCCGCGCAAACAGCGUCACGAGCACUUGCUGGCCAUACCCCUGGACGAAGAGGAUCCAAUCCAGUUCGAUUUGAAUAACGUCGUCGCCGAAAAUCGCCCCCCAUCGAAUGAACUCGCUACAGCAGCAGCAAAAGCGGUUGUAACGCACUCUGACCAGUUGCCGGCGAACCCGCCUAUCGUCAGACGUCGCGGUCGCCCGAAAAAGAACACUACUGCUGCGGCGACACCCAACGCUGCGCCAGCACUGCCUGCAGCAACACUCAACGAGCCUAGCGUUGCUAGCGCAGACGCAGCGCCCACGGAGAUUGUUUCGAAAGCGCGCCGUGUUGAGCUGUUACGCAAACGUCUGGCCAUCGACAUGGUGGACGCGGAGCAGCCAUCCGAUGAGCUGGAGAGUGCAGAUGUGGCGAAUGAGAGUGAGACCUCGACCAGCGACCGUGCUUUACGCACAGGGGCGCGAAGUUCUCGCCGCAGUAUCUUGCCGGGUGGUGCAAUCACGCCGGUAACGAAAGUCAAGCCUAUUGGUGCCAACAACGGCGAGGUUGCUCUGAAGAAUCGCAAACGCUCAGCGAACAUCUUAAGUGGCGGAGGCAGUACUGGUGCUGUAAACAACAAUGCCGCAAAUUCGAUAUCGGAUGUUGGUGUGACCUCCGUCCUUAAUCACUAUGGUGGCUCAAAUUCCAGUCUCUCGUCGGCCUACUCUAGCAGCUCCAUGAGCUCCGCCACUGUGACCACAGCUGCUGGAGCUCAACUUGGUACCGGUACUAGCACAUCUGCGUCCAUUUCCUUGGCAACACAAAUCGACUUGACAAUGUGCUCGUCGUCGUCCUCAGCGAGCAAUGGCAGCACCACUGCCACCAUGACCAUAGCGGGUGCAAGCACUACCACUAGCACUUGCGCAAUCAACGCCGCAGUACAAAAUCAAAGCAGCAGCUCGAUGUUGCCACCAGCCACUAUACUGUCCUCCUCGGACCCGGUGCCGGAUGUGGUCUUUAGACCCAAUGAUUUCUCAUCGCUUAUGGCAACACAGCAGCUGCGCGCAGCGCACACCGCAGGACUGAGUAUUGAAACGGAUCUGUUGCGGAUGCAGGUAACGCUAAACAGCGCCAAGUUUGAUGGGCGCGAUGAUGAAACUACAAGUCAGAGUGGUGGCGGGGACGGCAGCGGAGCAGAUUUAUCAGGAGAUGACUCCACAAGUCCGAUGGGGACUCCCGUGGGUCGUGGACGCGGCGGUCGUGGUCGUGGGCGCGGUUCUGUUCGUAGCAGCGCACGUGGUAGUCGGGCGCAUCGUUUGGGACGUGGCGCCAGCGCGGUCGCCAAGCAAAUCGCACUGAGCAGACCACGCUGCGUUGGCGGUCUGAAGCAUACACCCGAUCCAGAUCGAAUGAAAGGCCUUUUUAGUCCGUCCCCACAAGUCUUUGAAGAGGAUACUCGCAUGAGCGCCGACUUGAAUCAGACCCAAAUACAGCUGCAGCCGGAGCCCCAAACUCCUUUGAGGCAACCCGAUUUUCUUAACAAUGACGAGUCCCAGUCCUCAGUGUUGAGCACGAAUAGCAUUUUAGAUCCCAACACGGUGGCUGCAGUCCAAAAUGGCAGCGCUAUUAAACGCCCAAAGAAGAAGAAAAUGGAAGUUUGCGUUGCCGAAGACGCUGAAAUUACUGUCUCAGCAAUUGCCGAAUAUGAUUGGCCGCCUCCAAAGGGGUGUUGCCCAUCGAAAAAUCGCGAUACUUUCAUGAUUCAAGAACAGGUCGCUUUGUAUUUAGGUAUAAAGAGCUUCAAGAGAAAGUAUCCCGAUCUGCCACGUCGGCAAAUCGAUAUGGAAGAGCGUAAUUGGCUGCAGGAGAAGGGCCUUGUUUCGGAACGUAUGUGCGAUUUGGGCAUUACGGCCGUUUGGGCAUCCGACAUUCUGGACAUUAUGUAUACCGAUUUCUAUGAGAAGUACGAGGAGUACAAGGAUUUCAUACGUCAAAAGCACCUGCGCGAAAUCGAGGCGAAACAGAAAGCCUUGGGGCUUAAUGUGUCUGGACGUGGACUGCAAGUGCGCGAACGUGCGCUCCUCUCGACGAGCAAAUGGAACUCUUACUUCAAUAGAAGUCGCAAGGAGGAACGUCUAGCUUGUCUGGACUUGCAAACAUUAACAGUGAACGUGCCAUUGCCCGCGACAGCGCCCACCGCCACACUGGUAUAUCGGCCUGUAGCAGAGGCAGUGGCAGAGGCUGCCAAAGCCGAGCAAAUACCUGAACCACCAACCUUGCUGCGACCGCGCGUCACUACCACAUCCCGGGAAUCGGACGCCAAUUACCCCGUAGCUGUGGUGCCCGGCCAGUAUUGCACGAAUUAUCGCCAGUACACGCCAUUAGAGUUGAGUUGCUUCCCGCUUAACACAGUGCUGCAGGACCCGCGUUUGCUGGUUGAACGUGCGGAACACACAACCGGA